UGGGGUCGGUUGCUACAAUGAUAUAAACAGCUUAGCUCUGCUGUCAGGCGACAAGGCAAAUAAUCGGUUCACUUGGUCUGUAGUUUAGGGACGUUUUGGGUGAUGACAAAGGAAAGACUACAGUAUGUUAAGGAAAAGUUGUGAAAGAUGAAAUAAAUCUCUUAAACAGCACAACUAAGACACUAACAGAUAACCAUCACGUGACUAUCACGUGGUCAUCAAUCAUGGCGAACCUUACCACCACCUCAAUGGCCGACAACCUCACAACCCUGUCCAGCAAUCUCACAAUGACCACGGACGGUUUGACCACGUCAGAGGUGACUACAAUGAUAGCGUCUGCCCUGACCACUAUGACGUCAGCAGUCCAGACCACCACACAGGAAGUGACGACAACAGUGGCCUCGGACCUCCCUGAUUGGAUGGCGUGGUUUCAACCGGCCUAUGAUUGGAUGAUGGCAGACAAGAAGGCCAACCUGGCCAACUACGUCAUCAUCCCGCUGUUUUGUUUCGUCUACAUCGGGGCGGCGCUGGUGUAUGUGAUUGGGCUGAUUUUGUUUGAGCUUCGAUUUGUGAUCAAGGCCUGGAAGAGGAAGAACGCAGGACUGCCGCCACCGAAAAAGAAAAAGAAGAAAAAACUCAAUUUUCUCCAGAAGAGAAAACUAAAAGAAAAGGAGGAAAGGGAGAAGAAACAGGCAGAAUACUUAAAGACGCUAGAAGAUGAGCGCAAUAGACUGGCCGAACUUGCCUUAAAACUGAAACAAAAUAAACGCAAGCGUGUGGACCAGGCGCACGUGGAGGGAUGUCUUAAGAAAUAUUUCAGUGCAUUUAGUAAACCAUAUGAUGAGAUGGAAAGCCGUCCUCGGUCAAACUCCUGGUCACAUCCAUCGCAGAAAGAUACCCCAGUCAGCAUAGCCAAGUUAAAGGAGCCAAUCAUGCCCAAACCGAAACCGAAACCGAAACCGAUCCGACCGGAGAGCGCCAUUGACCAAGACGCGUUCAAUAUGAGGUCCGCCUUCAGGUCGGCGUCCAAGAGACGCGACAAGGAAGUGAAGCUUGGUCUGCGUCCGCCGUCUGCAGCGGGACGGAAUUCUCGAAUGAGCGCCAGAUCUCGUGCGGGCGCGAGACCACAAGAUAACAGAAGAAAGCCAGACCCAGCCCUGGCGUCCAUACUCGAAGAACAUCCUCUACCGCUGGCUCUUACCAAGAAUUACAGACGCAAGGUAGCAGACACGGUUAUACCCGAAGAUAUCGAGAUAAAGAUAAAGAAAGCGUUCGACAACAAGCCGCCCCCAGCAGAGCACCCCCUGCAGAGUCAGGCUACGGUACACGACCCCAAACAAGACAAACUGAAAGCGAAACUGGAAGCGAUUAAGAAAAAGCGUCAAGAAAGAAAGGAGGCGGAAAGAUGGCAAAAUAGAAGGAAUAUAACUGAUAAAAUGAACCCCUGAGUUUAUUAUUAUUAUUAUUAUUUCUUUUUUCGUCACCAUUUUUGACAAUUGUUUCGGUGAACAUUAUUACAACUCAGCAAUUUUGAGGAAAUGUACCAUUGUUGUAUAACUGUGUGUUGGGAACAAUAUCUUUUAAAUAUCAGACUAUAAAAGGAAGGGAACUUAUACCAUACACCCAGGACGGGAUUUAAAUCUCAUGGUGCCCUAAGCACUCCCAGCUCCUCUGUACCCCCCC